GUCGGAUUUGGAAUGGUAUGAAGUGUCGACGUAUUGGUCCUGCAAUGCCAGGCUCCAUACUAUCUUGGGCUCCUGCUUUGUCUUUGUUUUUGUGUUUUGCGUACUGUCAAUGCACUGUCAACCUCCCUCAAAGACUCCUAGACUUUAGACCUCCUGCAGGCCGACAGGUGCACAGAGCUCUUGCUCCACAUAGUCGGACUGAUUCGCGGACAGACGUUGCGCAACGACUGUGAACAGACCUGGGACGUGCAGACCCGCUUGUAUCUCAAGUGAAUAUCUAUCCUCGACUCUGCCCUUCUCUGGAUCCCAAUUCAUCAAGCUCAACCAUCAUAUUCACUGUCACGUCUUCCAUCAAAGUCAUUCCUUCAAAACAUGGACCACUACAGCCAAAGUUCUGCCAGACCUUAUCCUUCUCACAACCAACCAGUGCCUUCUCAACCAAGGCUCGAAAUACCUCAGCCUGAGCAGCAGCUCCCAUCUAUUCGAGAAGUCAUCCCUCCUCCGCGCGGGAACACUCUCGAGUCCAACGCCCAAGAAGUGCCGUCGUCACGGCCCAUGGCAGUAUCAUAUCUCAGCUCACAACCGACCACCGGCAUGAGUGUCGCCGCAGUUCCAGCACCGGCUCAACCACAUUCCAGCCCAUUGGCCUACCCAGCAGACAACUCGAGUCACAUUCAGAUGAACGGACUCCCACCAUCUCUUCAAUUACAAACUCCUGCCAGAACACCAGCAGAGUACAGCUCGCCGUGGUCGACGUCUUCGACUUACACCGACCCUGUUCCAAUGAGCGCGGGCCCAACAGUUCCAGCACAGUUCGGCAUGGCCCAGCCCAUGAUUCCCUCCGACACCCAGGAGAGCGUUUACCCAUCGGCCUAUUCAAUCCCUCGACAAGCCCAUGAGAGCCCCGACACAUACCAGCGAUGGAGGACUCCCGAAGUCCAUUCUACCCCUCGAUACAACCCAUACAUGGCCAUGGACCGAUCAUAUCAAUCAGUGGACUUUAACAGAUAUGGGCAACCCUAUGAUCAGUAUCGAAGCCCAAUUGAAUAUGCUGGUGGUUACCGCUCGGUGGACACUUCGCCAUACCAUGUCAAGUACGGCCAGCUUUUGUCCUACCCUAUGAUGGGCUAUCCUUCUCACGCCGGUGGCCGAAGACGCCGUGGCAAUCUCCCCAAGCCCAUCACAGACAUUCUUCGCCUGUGGCUGCAGGACCAUCUGGAUCAUCCUUACCCAAGUGAUGAACAGAAGCAGGUCUUUAUCCAACGCACUGGUUUGACCAUCAGUCAGAUCAGCAAUUGGUUCAUCAAUGCUCGUCGCCGACAGCUCCCAGCACUUAAACUCAAGCGCGAGAGGGCGAAGACCCUGCAAAGCCGUGCAUGAAAACAGCAACAUUUUUCGAUUCACGAGGGAAAGGGGCAAACGGCGACUACAAGGAUUUUAAACCGCUAAAAACAAGACUCCUUAGAUGUUCAUGAUGGGAUGGGAUAUUCACUUUUCUGAUCAUUUUUUCACGAUUAUGCAUGAGAUAUACUACUACAACGCAACAAGGAAGCGGGAUGGGAUAUUUUACUUCAAAAUCAGAGGGGUCAUGGGCCACUAUGUACAACCACCAUACAGGAGACUUACAUGACUCACAGUAUAUUGAUUUUCUCAAGCAAGGAAGAGAAAUUUUGUGUGAUGAAUUAUGCUUUUUUCACGUAUCGAGGGAUUUUUCAUGAGUGUCUGCAUAGCUUUCUCAGCAGCAAGAUACUUUGGGACAGUGGAAAUGGAUUUUAGGAUUGAGGCAGAUCAGUCAAGUCAGUCUAGCAUUGGAAAUCGACUUUGUACAAUACACAAGAACAGUUACAUCAUCACAUUCAGAGACUUUUGCACUGCUGCAGGCGAGAGAGAAGAAAAAGCUCAGAGACU